CAACUUCCCUUACCAGCCGCUGCACAAACAUUGUAGCGCCACUCAACCAGUGAAAACCCAGAGUCUUAUAUAAGAGUGUGACAGAUAAAAGGGGCAGAUGCACAGCCCCUAUCCAUCAGUCACCGAGCUGCACUGGAGCUGCUGUGAAGGCGCAAACCUGAAGAACACGCAGAGAUGUCCGCAUGUGAGUUUGAAUCGCUGGAGAAAUCUCUGGAGUCCCACCUGCCAGAGGCCGAGCUGUCAGAAGUGAAACGCAUCUUAUUCGGAAAGGACACACAGAAGUUUGACCUGCCUGCAUGUGCUGUGAGUGCUGCCGUUGAGCGUGACUUUGAGCUGAAGGGUUACAGGUUUGAAGCUGCACAGGAACAACUGAGGCCGCCAAGAAGGAUCCGUGUGGGACUCAUUCAGAACCACAUAGUUCUGCCCACUGAUGCUCCCAUCCUGGACCAGGUCAAUGCCAUGCAUAGCCGGAUUGGUGAAAUGGUUGAAGUGGCAGCCAUGUGCGGUGUAAACAUUGUCUGCUUUCAGGAGACCUGGACCAUGCCCUUUGGUUUCUGCACCCGUGAGAAAGAACCAUGGACGGAGUUUGCAGAGUCUGCUGAAGAAGGAAACACCACACGCUUCUGCCAAGAGCUGGCUAAAAAAUACAACAUGGUAGUUGUUUCUCCAAUUCUGGAGCGAGAGGUGCUGCACAGCACUCUGUGGAACACAGCAGUGGUGAUCUCCAACUCUGGAAAUGUGCUGGGAAAGAGCAGGAAGAACCAUAUUCCCAGGAUCGGAGACUUUAAUGAGUCUACAUAUUAUAUGGAGGGCGACACUGGCCACACAGUGUUCCAGACACAGUUUGGGAACAUUGCUGUUAAUAUCUGCUACGGGCGCCAUCACCCUCUCAACUGGUUCAUGUACAGUAUGAAUGGAGCGGAGAUCAUCUUCAACCCCUCAGCUACUGUUGGAGCUCUCAGUGAGCCCAUGUGGUCCAUUGAGGCCAGGAAUGCAGCAAUAGCUAACCACUGUUUCACUUGUGCAAUCAACCGUGUUGGGACGGAACAUUUCAAAAGUGAAUUCACAUCUGGUGAUGGAAAAAAAGCUCACCAUGACUUCGGACACUUCUAUGGAUCGAGUUAUGUGGCUGCUCCUGACGGCAGCCGCACCCCGGGGCUCUCCAGGACCCGUGACGGACUCCUGGUGGUAGAAUUGGAUCUCAACCUGAACAGACAAAUCAGCGACAAAUGGAGUUUUAAGAUGACAGGGCGAUAUUCUGAGUAUGCAGAGGAACUUACCAAGGCUGUCAGACAUGACUUCAAACCCAACAUAGUGAAGGAAUAGAUGAUGUUCUACUAUAGUAGAUUUAAGUUUGAAACAAACCAAGUUCAGUUAUUUUCUUUUCCCCUAAAGUUGGGGAUUGUUUUAUUAGGAAUAACCCCUUGAGAAGUAGCAUCUCUUUUUUGAGGGGGUCCUUUUUCUUCUGCAUAAUUUGUCUGUAUUUGUUUGUAUGUCACAUUGUUGGCAUUUUCUUGGUUCUAUCACUGUAUGGCAGAACACUACAUUCAAAGUCAAACCAGUGUUCUUUAUAAGUGGAUAACUAACUUUUCUUGAUUUCAUUGUUGAUCAUUUAACACAAGCCUGACUUUUUCAGUUGUCUAAAAAUGUAUAUGGAGCUGUUGACAGAUCAACAAGUCCUUAAAGCGAGACCAUGUAACUGUUGCUGAACAGUGGCCGCUGCAGUCACAAGUGCCAAUUAUGGGUUAAUGCUAAAUGCUAAAACUGUUUUGUAACUGUAGCAUAAGGUAGGGAAAGUUCACAAAGUCAGUGAGUUACACAUUAAUAUCUAUCUUAAGUUUGCUAAUACUAACUAUAGUUAGCCACUGUCUGUAAGCCAAAGGUCUAACUAGACCAAGAAAGGCUGUAGCAGCUGAGUGCAUUAAAUUGAACAAGGGUUUGUUUUAUUAUAUGAAUUCAACUUUUUUUGUAUCCUGGUAUAGGUCAUUUCAUACCUUGAUAACAAUAUACAUCACGAUAUAGCAUGUUUUCUGGUAAUUUAAUAAAAAAAAUAGUCUAUAUGAAAUAA